UCUCUCCUCCCAGCAUGCCGUCGUCACAUGGAGCAGCAGGUAAACAAAACCCCCUAAAACGGCUUGUUAUCACUGUUCCUAUAAAAGCUCUGGGGACCUGAACAAGCCAGGCUUUGUGUUCACGGCUGACUUUCUUCUUCUUCUUCUUCUUCUUCUUCUCCCUGAACAGGUUGAACGUCUGUGGCCCGGGAUGCGCGUGCUGUGCUCUGUGGGGCUCUUUGUAGGCCUGCUGCAUCUGUCCUCCAGUCUCCUGCUGGGAGCCUUUAACAUCAAGACAUUUGGGGACACAAAGGCCUCCAACGUCACGCUGAUGGACAUCAUCAGCACGGUCGUUCAUCGAUAUGACGUCAUUUUGAUCCAGGAGGUCAGAGACAACGACCUGACGGCAACCCAAAAACUCAUGGAACACGUCAACAAAGGUUCUUCUCAGUUCAGCUACAUUGUGAGCGAGCCCAUGGGCCGGACCACCUACACCGAGAGAUACCUCUUCCUGUACAGGCAGGCGAGUGUUUCUGUGGUUAAAAACUACACCUAUGAUGACGGCUGUGAGUCCUGUGGAACAGACACUUUCAUGAGAGAACCUUUUGUCGUCAUGUUCUCAUCUAAAUCCACCGCCUUGCCCACCUUCACUCUGAUCCCCCAGCAUACCUCUCCGGACUCGGCUGUGGCGGAGACGGAUGCCCUGUACGAUGUGGUGACUGACGUCCGCACCCGUUGGAACACCAAUAACAUUGUGCUGCUGGGGGACUUCAACGCAGGCUGUAGCUAUGUGAGUGGCUCCAACUGGGAACAGAUCCGCCUGUUCACAGACAAGAGCUUCCACUGGUUGAUCCCCAAUACGGCUGACACCACCGUCUCUAACACCAACUGUCCUUAUGACAGAAUCGUGGUCACAGCAGACAUGUUGAAGGGAGUGGUGCAAGGCAGCGCUCAGGUUUAUGACUUCAUGGCCGACCUGAAGCUCAGUCAGGACCUGGCGCUGGCCGUCAGCGACCAUUUCCCGGUGGAGGUGAAGCUGACCACUUCUCUCUUCUCUGCCUGAAUCGUGACUCCCACAACCGAGGACAAUCUCACCAAUCACUUCAUGAAAUACUAUAAAUAAAUCAAAAUAACUCUUCACAAACUCAAGACUUUCCUGUUUCUGAAACCAAAGAAGAAACAAGAAAA